AUGGAUAUUGUGCACACAAUGCUCAAGGUCCUCAGACCCAAGGGCCGACGAAUUACGGAAGUCCCGCAUGAAAUUCUCAAAAUCCAAACAGACGGAUGGGACGGGCGACCACGUCGGCCUCGGGUCCUCGACUUGGGUUGUGGCACCGGCAUCUGGUUAAUAGACAUGUCGAAGGACUUCAAGGAGGCUGAGUUCAGGGGCGUCGACAUACAAUUUCAGGGCCCGCCAAAUCCGAGUGACUCGGUCGACUAUACCGUCCCGUGGGAUUACGAGGGACCAUGGGCUCUGGGGGAGGCGUCAUGGGACCUGAUCCACCUUCAGAUGGGACUGGGCAGUGUUUCGAACUGGGAGUCUCUAUUUCACAAGAUUUUGGCCCACCUCGUUCCUGGUGGUUACUUCGAAUGGGUCGAGUUCGACUUUGAGCCCCGAUGUGACGAUGGCACGCUACAGCAGGGUAAGCUGACGGAGUGGUGGGAACUCUACAUCAAGGCUACGUACGAGGCAGCCGGUCGCCGUCUUCACUGGGACCCGACAGUGGACGAGACAUUGAACCGCGUCGGCUUCCGGGAUGUUAGACAUGUCGUAUUCCAUAUUCCGUUGAAUAACUGGGGCCAAAACGAGAACGACUACAUGCGUCGCAUGUCAGGAUGGUGGCAAUUGAUGAUGGGUGCCUACGGCCUCGAAGCAAUCAGCCUUGCUCCUCUGUGCAAGUUUUCCAAUUGGCCUCCUGAUCACGUUAGACGCCUUUGCAACGAAGCACUGGCUCAGGCUGCUGAUACCAAUGUCCAUUUUUACAACCAAAUUCAUAUCAUCACGGCCAGAGCACCUCACCGUAACGAACAAUAA